UCUCGUCUUGUCUUGCAUUGCAUGGAUAAGAAGAAGAAGAAGAAGAAGAAUGGAAUUGAAUCGAAUCUUGAUCUGUCAUCAUCACUAUCAAUGGUUUGAGGCUGAAUUACUAUUAUUAUGAUUACUACUAUUCUCUUUCUCGCUGGGGUCGACGACGACGACGUCGAAUUUGUCCAUUGAUGCCUUCCUCCCGCUCCUUGCACUGAACAGUCCGUACAGAUUCUUUAUCGCUGUCAUGGGAUGAAUUCCAUUGCCGGUGCCGGCGUGCGGUUCCUCCGGCGGCUCCUCAUCGCCUGAGCCUCGACCCGACCCGGAUCCACUUAGCAGCCUCCGACCCACCCGGGAGGCGAGGUUACCCUGCAUCCCGGUGAUUACCGUUUUCAGGGCGCGGGUCGGGGAGGCCCGAUUCGAUAUCAUUAUCUCCCAAAUCUCGGCGGGGCUUAGGGUCGCCCCGGUUUGGAACAUUUCUUCCACUUGGGGGAACAGUUUGUGCUCCUUCACGCCGAGAUGGCUGCCGGCGAGGGUUUUGAAGGCGCUGAAAUCGCAGAGUGGGAAGUUGAUGUGGACGUCGAUUCUCCCCGGCCGGAGCACCGACGCGCACACGUUUUCUUUGCUGUUCAUGGUGAAUACCGUCACCCGCUCUUCUCCGCAGCAGGAGAAGAUUCCGUCCAUAAAGUUGAGGAUUCCUGAUGUGCUCACUGUCGUUGUUGUGGAUUUUGCGUCCAGCACACUAUUUGUGGAAGGCUUGCCUGCAAACUGCACUCGCAGGGAUGUUUCUCAUAUAUUUCGCCCUUUUGUGGGCUACAAGGAAGUAAGGCUUGUGACUAAAGAAUCAAGACAUCCUGGGGGUGAUCCAUUGGUGCUUUGCUUUGUUGAUUUUCAAAGUCCAGCGCAUGCAGCCACAGCAAUGGAUGCUUUGCAGGGUAAUGCACAUUUUUACUUUAGAUAUUUAUAUGCUGUGACUGAGAUGCACAUUGGGUUAGUCUUCUUUGUUUCCUUAAGAUGGUUAGGAGUGUUAUUGUCCUGUGAAUGUGUAAAAUGUAAAAUUGUCCCCGUUUUCAGUUUUCUAUUACACGAGUGUUCAAGACAUCUCCAAGAACAAAAAGGUUCUUCAUAUCUUAUGAUUGAAUAAACUUCAUCUGGUCUAAGAGUUUCUCUUCUUACCCUUAAAAACUAUUGGGCAUGGGUGCCUAUUUACCCAUUUAAUACUUAUGUUUGGGCUGACGUUGUUACAUGAUUCAUCACCCUUCUUCCAUUACAUUCUUGAAAUGCCUGAUCCUAGCCGACUUAUUUCUGACCUCCACCGGCCCUUGUUUUGCAAUUUUUCUGGGAAAUAGGCUGCUGCCUCUUUUUCCAUGACUUGGCUUAGGGUCUGCAAUGUAUUGAAGGUUGUCCCAUCAAUUCUUGGCGUGAUUCUAUUGACUACAAUGUUGGUUGAACUAUGAACUCUUUUCAGCCUAAUGUUCUUAAGAGCUUGGUGGGAAAAAUAGAAAUAUCAAAUGUUUCUUCUCUAGAUGUUGCCCAGUGGCAUAAUAUUUUUUAGUAUGUUUCUAAUUUAUUAGGAGUUGCAGGUCUAACUGUUGUGAAGUUUAAUUUUUAAAGGAGAGUAUAAGUAUCUUGAUUAAAUUGUUCUAUUUAUUAUAUAAUUCAUAUGACCUCAAGUUAGGACCGUUAUUGAGAAAAUAGUGAGGACGGUCAGCUACUAAGCACCAUAAACUUAGGGCCUGUUUGGUUUAUAAUAUCUUCCUUAAUUGUCUGGUUCUUUUGUAAGAGGAAUGCCAUUGAUGCCUCCACCUUUGUGUUCGAUUAUGACUCUAAUGCCUUCUGAGUGAGCCUGAACACCGAACACCUAUUUUCACAAUCUAUAUGAAGUUUAUUCUUACUAUGGUAGUUUCAUUCAUUUCAUAUGAUUAUUUCGACACAACUACCUUUUGACUAUGCAUAUGCCUCGUGCCGUUUUCCUCGUUUGGUUCUCAAGAAGAUUAUUUAUUGGA